UUCAUUUACUACUCAACAAUCUGACCGUAGGGUGCAGCAUUUCCCCCUGACCGCCCAAUUUAAAGCAUUUUCACCCAAAAUGACGCUCUCGAACGGCCCACACAGAUACACCACCACCAUCCAACACACACAUUUGGAUGGCAGGGGCAAAAAAGUUACGAAAGCAAACAGAAUCACUGCCCCCUGACUGGAGCUGAAUGUUCAGAGCAAAUGAAGGUGUCAAAAUGACAAGCAGAGAUAGCUAAAAAAAAAAAGAACGGAAACGAAGGAUGCACACAUACACUAAGAUACAAGAGGAGUGGGUUGGACGUGCGAUGGAUGGAUGGCCGCCUUCCGGGCCGCCCCUUUUCGGCCCCGCCCCAUCCGCCUCUUAGACCGCCUAACUGUGUAAAUGGCAAAGCGACAGCAGCAUUUGCUAACUUUGCUGCAGCAGCAACAAAGGCUACAGCACAGCUACAACAAGAACUACAUAAAUGUAUCUGUAUCUAUAGCUAUAUCUAGCUAAGCGAUGGCCGUGCAUUGUAUUGCAGUUACGUGCUCGAUGGUCCAGCAAAAUGGCGAAGCGAACAAAAAAUCUCUGAAACAAAAUCAACAAAGAAGUAGCAGAAACAGCAGGGUGCUUUUCGUUUGUAAAAUCUUGAAUACACUACUCGUAUAAACAUGGGAAAAAAGCUCUCAAAAUAGCCAACCAGCAUGGAAUUAAUAAAGAGAACUACAGGUGGCAUUCCCAACAAAAGACUUUGAACCAGAGUCCGUUUAUUGUUUUCAAAUUUUUACUUUAUUAAUAUAAAUUUAAACAAAUUUUGGGCUUUACUCUGCGUGUUAUAAGCCUUUAUUAUUGUAUUUUAUUUUAAGCAACCCAAAUUUAACUUGAAAAUAUUAUUUUGUGUAUUUAACAGAAACUAUUUGGAUGCAAUAAAUAUAAAAGUUUGAAUGACUCAUAAAUACAUUUGCAUGUGUACCCACA